AAUAAUCCAUUUAAUAUCAUAAUCAAAUUAAAGCUCAUAGAGCUAUUUUCAUACCUCAUUUCUUUAAAUGGGGAGUAUAUACAAAUGCAAAACUACAAACUUACAGUAUGCGUAUAUAUUUAUUUAGGGUUAUUUUUUUUGAAGUUUCAAAAGCAUUAUAGAGAAACCCCAUUUGGCUAAAAUUCAAGGAUUUGCAGCUUAAAGGUGCUGACAAUGUUGGAAUGCCAAAGCCAAAAAAACCUGAACAUAUGCUUCAACUUCUGCAGCAUUUUAUCAAACACUCAGACCAAAUCAAACAAAUACAUUCCCUUCUCACAACGAGUGGCCGUCUUCUCCUUACCUCUCAAUGGAUCAACACACUUCUUUACAACACUCUCAUCAGGGCUUACCUCAACAUUGCUCAGCCUCAAACAGCUCUCAUCCUUUUUACCCAUAUGCUCUUUCAUCAAGCUCAGCCCAAUAGCCAUACUUUCCCUUCCCUAAGCAAAGCAGCCUCGUCUUUCCCGCCCCGUUUGGCUUCAUAUAUGGGCAAGAAUCUUCACUGUCAAGUCUUGAGAAGAGGGGUCUUGGGUGACCCCUAUGUGUGUACUUCUUUCAUUGGGUUGUAUUCACACGCUGGUGAGCUCGAGAGUGCACGUAAGGUGUUCGAUGAAAUUCCUGAACCGUGUGUUGUCUCGUAUAAUGCGAUGCUUGAUGCUUGUGGGAAAAAUGGGGAUAUGGGUUCGGGGUUCUUGAUGUUUUCUCGCAUGCCUUAUAGAGAUGUUUAUUCAUGGACUAGUAUGAUUCAUGGGUACAUGAAGAACGGGUGCUCUGAAGUUGCUAUUAAGUUUUUCCAGAAAAUGAUGAUGCACGAGGAUGUGAAGCGUGGUCUAGUGAAGCCAAAUGAGGCUACGUUUGUUAGUGUUCUUUCUUCUUGCACAUUUUUGGAUGUUGGUGUGGCGUUAUAUCUAGGGAGGCUAGUACAUGCUUACAUGAUAAAGAAUGAGGAGUUGAGUGUCUUCAUGACUACCGCAUUGAUCGCGUUUUAUGGGAAGAUGGGUUGUUUGGUUUAUGCUUCAAAGAUAUUUGAUGCAAUGAUUAGCAAGCAAGUUUGCUCUUGGAAUGCUAUGAUUUCUUCCCUAGCUUUGAAUGGAAGAGAGAAACAGGCAUUAAUGAUGUACGAGAAGAUGAGGGCAAAGGGGCUGCAACCAAAUGAGAUUACCUUCGUGGCUGUUCUAUCAGCUUGUGCGCGUGCCAAGCUUGUCGAUUUCGGUUUUAAAUUGUUUGAAGCAAUGUCACAUGAAUUUGCACUUGUAGCUAAGAUGGAACAUUAUGGUUGUGUGGUUGAUCUCUUAGGGAGAGCUGGGCUACUUCAGGAAGCGUACGACUUCAUAAAGAAGAUGCCUUUUGAAGCUGAUGCCACUGUCUUGGGGGCUCUGAUGGGUGCUUGUAGACUUCAUGGAGCUAUUGAAUUGGGAAAUGAAGUAGCACAACUACUGCUUGAGUCACAACCGAAUCAUUCAGGGCGUUAUGUGCAACUCUCAAGCAUUUAUGCUGGCGCAGAGAGGUGGGAUCAUGCUGCUUCCUUGAGAAAAGCAAUGUUAGAUGCUGGAAUACACAAGGUUCCAGCCCACAGUUUUAUUUAGUGGAGCUUAUCACUGCCACAGCUUGGUGAUGGAAUCUCGACUCAUCAAAAUCAGUUAAGUAAUAGCUUGACAGAUCAAGGAGGAUGCAUUUUUGUGAAAAUGCACAGCAAACCUGGUUCCAAAGUCUGUUUGGUGAGGUACUUAAAUGACACAACUCUAUGAGCAGCAGCCCAUGAGGCCAUGUUGGAUACUAUAGCGUGUAAUGCUGAAUUCAUUGAUGAUAGUAACAGAAGAUUCUCCUUCUGAGAGAGGUUGUGUUGGAUACUAGAUAUUCUGAGUUGUGGAUCGGAAGAUUCCUAUUUAUGAGAUCAUAGUCUCUUUCUCGUGAUGGUUUGGUUGGGCAUUUUGCUGCUGCUGCAAUGAAAAAAGUUAAAAGAUAAAAGACUGCAACUUUGGUCCAUGGUGUCCUGAACUUAUGUUCUAUGUUUGUGUUAAUGUGAAAAAGUGAGAAUGUUUUUAGUGAUAGACACAUAUCGUCCGAUUGAAUGAUCUGAGAUUCAAGUUCGUGUCUGA